GCAUCUUAGAAAGUGACAAAAGUUAUUUUGAAAAAUUAUUGUAGAAAAAGAAUAUUUAUGUUCAAACACACUGUAUAUCAUUCAAAUAUUAAUGUUGUGGCCACUCAACCACAUCGUUGCUUAGCAACAUAAAUGAAAGACAUCAAAUGUAAACAUACACCAUUUUGUAAUAUAAAAUAUACAAGACUUUAAGCAAUAAAAGAAUGGCACCAACAGAUGAUAUCUUAUUAACAGAGACCAAGAAUACAAUAAUAUUCAAUGCAUCUAAGCAAGAACUUUUUAAAUUAAAUGAGAAUUACAAAAUUUUCCAACGCAAAUUGAAACUGCAAUCCAAAUUUUUUAUAAAUAAGGAAGAGAUAUCAACAAGAAUACUUCAAAACUGUACAAUUUUUAUACUAGCAGGACCGCAGUUAUCUUUUGAAGAAAGCGAAAUAAAUUCAAUGAAAAAUUAUGUGGAAAGUGGCGGUAGAAUCUUAAUUCUUUUAUCUGAAGGAAAUUCAAAUGAGAGCUGUAACAUUAACAUUUUACUGGAGCAUUUUGGAAUAAUUCCAAACCUAGAUUGUCUAAUCAGAACACAUUACUACAAAUAUUUUCAUCCAAAAGAAUGUUAUGUCAGUGAUGGCCAAAUAAAUCCAGUGUUAAACAAAGAAAAGCUUGACAUUAAAUUCGUUUAUCCAUUUGGUUGUUCUUUAAGCGUAAGUAAACCCAGUGUAGCAGCUUUUACUAGUGGUUUAGCUUCAUUUCCAGUUGACAGGCCAGUAGGUGCUCUUUAUUUCAAUGAAAAAUCAGGAGGGAAACUAAUAGCUGUUGGGUCUGGUCACAUGUUUUCAGACAAAUAUAUCGAUCAAGAUAAUAACGAUAAAUUAAGGGAAAUGUGUAUAGACUUUUUAAUAAGCCAAGAAAAGGUUUACUUUCCACCAACUGAUCAUGAUGAUAUAGAUCUAAUGGAUCAUCAUAUUGUUCCUGAAACUGCAGCCUUAGCGGAAAAGCCAAAACUUUGUUUGAGUGACGCCAUAGGUCACACAACUUGCGUAGAUUAUACGAAAUUAUUUGAUCAGAAGAUGUACUCAAUGAACACAAAUCUUGUUCCAGAAGCUAUACGUGUAUAUGAAACGUUGGGUGUAAAGCAUGAACCUUUACGAAUUAUUACACCAAAAUUUGAAGCACCCUAUCCUCCUUUACAACCUGCUGUUUUUCCUCCGUCUUUUAGAGAUUUGUCUCCACCGCCUUUGGAACUUUUUGAUUUAGACGAUGCUUUCAGCUCAGUUUUUACUAAUUUGGCUCAAUUUUCGAACAAGUUCAUGAUGAAUGAAAGUAACGAUGAAGAAACUUUGGAAUUAUACAUAUUGGAAUGCUCUAAAAUUUUAAAUAUUGAGGACAUCGAUAACGCUAAAGACAUACUUCACAAAAUUGGCAAUGAAAUAUCGACUUUUAAGAGUAUUGAAACUAUUAAAUAGAUUAGUAUUUGUAUUAGAUUUAAAAAAUCUUAUUGUUAAUUAUUAUAUUUUAAUGUUAGU